GGCCGCAGGUGCGCGCCCGCGCUGCUCCCCUCGGCCAAAGGGCGAGGCAGUGGCGCGGCCGGGCGGGGCCGGCCAGAGCGAACCGGCUCCGGCUCCGGGGCCGCGCCCAGGGCGCUCCGCUGGGCACAGCAAGUUCUUGGCUCCUUCCCCGUCCGGAGGAGGCGGCGGCGGCGGCGGCGGCGGCAACAGGAUGAACCCUCCGCGCUCUCCUUCUCCCGCCCUUGGGGGCCUGCUGGCGAUUGGCUCCAGAGAGGAAGGCGUGGAGGCAGCCCCGGCCUGGCAGCUGCCGUAGCGGCUUUGAGUGAGUGCGGGAGCUGCAGAUACCGAGGCGCUGCGGCUGCCGCAGGAGAAGUCGGAGCCAAACUCUCCGCGACGCCGGGAGGGAGCGUCCCGGGAAGGAGAGGGAGAGGAGGCACUCGCUGAGGAGACGCCGCAGUAGAGGGCGCCUCCAGAGUCGCGCCGAACCUGGGCAUGCAGGCGACGCCCCCCAGGGGCCGCUCGCGGCUGGACGGGAGCGGGAGGAGUCGCGGAGCGGCGGUCGAGCCCGGCAGGAUGAGCGACGAGGGCGGCUCCAACUUCAGGCGGGUGGCGAUCCGGCGGAAGUCCAACCCCUCCUACCUGCCGCCCGGGGUGCCCCGGCCCUGGAGCAGGCCCGCGUCGCACUUGGGACGUGUAGGGACGGCUGCCUUCAAGGGCCAGGUGCCCUCAGGCGCCACAGGCAGCAGUACCUGUCCAAAGAUCGCUUUAGUUCCACCUUGCUCCACAAGCAGCACAGCCACACUGGUUGGUGAGAAUGUAUCUGAAGAAGAGGCUCAGGGAAUAAAUGGGAACAGGCCAGCAAAACACUCAGCUGCAAGUCCAAAGCCACAAGUGCCUCCAAAGCCAUUACACCUGCAGAAUUCACCUUCGUCCAAUAUACACCAAACCCCCAGGCAUAAAGCUUUACCUAGUGCAAAACCAAGGAUGGAGGAAAUUAAACCUGCCUCUGCUUCUUGUGUCUCAAAAGAAAAACCCAGUAAGGUAUCAGAUCUCAUCAGUCGCUUUGAAGGAGGCAGCUCAUUAUCAAAUUAUAGUGAUUUGAAGAAAGAGUCUGCUGUGAACUUAAGUGCUCCUAGAACCCCAGGAAGGCAUGGAUUGACAACCACACCUCAACAAAAACUCCUCUCCCAGCACUUGCCACAGAGGCAGGGAAAUGAUACAGAUAAGACUCAGGGUGCACAGACUUGUGUGGCCAACGGUGUAAUGGCAGCACAAAACCAGAUGGAAUGUGAGGAGGAGAAAGCUGCCACUCUUAGCCCAGAUACUUCUAUUCAAGCUUCUGAACCCUUGCUUGAUAUGCACAUAGUGAAUGGAGAAAGAGAUGAAACUGCCACAGCUCCUGCAUCACCCACAACAGAUAGCUGUGAUGGAAAUGCUUCUGACGGUAGCUACAGGACUCCAGGCAUAGGCCAAGUGCUCCCCCUAGAAGAAAGAGGGGCAGAAACAGAAACCAAGGUACAAGAGAGGGAGAAUGGGGAAAGCCCUCUGGAACUGGAGCAGCUGGACCAGCACCAUGAGAUGAAGGAGACUAAUGAGCAAAAACUUCACAAAAUAGCCAAUGAACUUUUGCUUACUGAAAGAGCUUAUGUCAACCGACUUGACCUCUUAGAUCAGGUAUUUUAUUGCAAACUGUUGGAAGAAGCAAACCGAGGCUCGUUUCCAGCAGAGAUGGUGAAUAAAAUCUUUUCUAAUAUUUCAUCAAUAAAUGCCUUCCAUAGUAAAUUCCUCUUGCCAGAGCUGGAGAAACGAAUGAAAGAAUGGGAAACUACUCCUAGAAUUGGAGACAUCCUUCAGAAAUUGGCACCAUUCCUUAAGAUGUAUGGAGAAUAUGUGAAAGGAUUUGAUAACGCAAUGGAAUUGGUUAAAAACAUGACAGAACGUAUUCCCCAGUUCAAAUCAGUGGUUGAAGAAAUUCAGAAACAGAAAAUCUGUGGGAGCUUAACUUUGCAGCAUCACAUGCUGGAACCUGUUCAGCGGAUUCCCCGCUAUGAGAUGCUCCUUAAGGACUAUCUAAGGAAAUUGCCUCCUGAUUCCCUGGACUGGAAUGAUGCUAAAAAAUCACUUGAAAUUAUAUCUACAGCAGCAAGCCAUUCUAAUAGUGCAAUAAGGAAAAUGGAGAACCUAAAGAAACUCUUAGAGAUUUAUGAAAUGUUGGGAGAAGAAGAAGACAUUGUAAACCCUUCAAAUGAACUAAUAAAAGAAGGACAGAUCCUCAAACUAGCUGCUCGGAACACUUCAGCACAAGAACGCUACCUUUUCUUAUUCAACAACAUGUUGCUGUACUGUGUGCCCAAAUUCAGCUUGGUAGGCUCUAAAUUCACAGUUCGAACCAGGGUUGGCAUUGAUGGAAUGAAAAUUGUAGAGACUCAAAAUGAAGAAUAUCCACAUACUUUCCAGGUGUCUGGGAAAGAGAGAACACUGGAACUGCAGGCCAGUUCUGCACAAGACAAAGAAGAAUGGAUCAAGGCCCUUCAAGAAACCAUCGAUGCUUUUCAUCAAAGGCAUGAAACCUUCAGAAAUGCAAUUGCAAAGGAUAAUGACAUUCACUCAGAGGUUUCUACUGCUGAGCUAGGGAAGAGAGCCCCAAGAUGGAUCCGAGAUAAUGAAGUGACAAUGUGUAUGAAAUGUAAAGAACCUUUCAAUGCACUGACACGAAGGAGGCAUCAUUGUCGAGCAUGUGGAUAUGUGGUUUGUUGGAAAUGCUCCGACUACAAAGCUCAACUUGAAUAUGAUGGUGGUAAAUUGAGCAAAGUUUGUAAAGACUGUUAUCAAAUCAUAAGUGGAUUCACAGACAGUGAAGAAAAGAAAAGAAAAGGAAUUUUAGAGAUUGAAUCAGCAGAAGUAUCUGGAAACAGUGUGGUGUGCAGCUUUCUUCAGUAUAUGGAGAAGUCAAAACCUUGGCAGAAAGCUUGGUGUGUGAUCCCCAAGCAAGACCCUCUUGUGCUGUACAUGUAUGGUGCCCCCCAGGACGUCAGAGCCCAGGCCACCAUUCCACUUCUGGGCUAUGUGGUGGAUGAAAUGCCAAGGAGUGCAGACCUGCCACACAGUUUCAAACUGACCCAGUCUAAGUCUGUGCACAGCUUUGCUGCAGACAGUGAGGAACUGAAGCAGAAGUGGCUGAAAGUCAUCCUUUUAGCUGUCACAGGUGAGACACCAGGUGGUCCAAAUGAGCAUCCAGCCACCUUGGAUGAUCAUCCUGAACCUAAGAAAAAAUCAGAAUGCUGAACUCCUCCAGGACCAGCCACGGUGUGGAGGUCUCAAGACUUACAGCUCAAGACAUUCCCAACUCUUCUUAUACAUCUGCUAGCACUUUAUGUUGAAAAAUAUAGGCUCAUAAAUGCAUCUUUUGAGGACUAUUUUCCUAUGUUUAUGUACUCUUAGUGAAAUUAGUGUGCAGAGUCAUUCUACCGAUAAAGUUUUAAAAUAAUGUGAAAACAGGAGCAUUUUUUGAGCUAUUCCUUGAAUAUGUGCUUUUUUGUCUUGAAGAAAUGGUAUCAAUGGAUUCUGUCACCGUCAGGUUAGAAUGAGCACUUUCCUUUAAGAAAUCCUUUCGUGUCUUCUUCUCUUUCACAUGUAGGACCUGGAACAGUUUGAAAGAUAUACCUCCAUGUUGCCAAAAUAGAUCCAUGGUGAAAAAUACAGGGACAGUUGAGGCUAUUGUAUUAACUUAUUUAAUUUAGUUUAUAAAUUUAAUUUAGUUUAUAAAUCUCUAGCUGCAUAAAUGAUGUUUUAGUUUAUAAAUUCAAUUUAGUUUAUAAAUCUCUAGCUGCAUAAAUGAUGUCUGUUCUUUUAAAACAAAAGAAAAAGGACAAAUUGUUGGUGUUCAGAUUUUCGAUUUAUGAAGAAAAGAUAACUUGUUUUUGUAGAAAUACUCCUAAGAAUGUCUUAAGUAUAUAGCAAUUAUGUAUAUAUAGUAUUAAAUAUAUAUAUUAUACAUGCUUUUCUCUUUAGCUUUAGGUUCACAUUCAUCUCUAAUUUAUUUUUUAAAUAUAAAGCAUGGUUUAUCUUGGAAUUGAGCAAUGUUCUAAACUGAAGAAAUGUUUUGGUGAUUUAUGUUUUGCUGAUUGGCAUUUGAGGGUAUUGAUAUUUUUAUAAUCGGUAAUUUAUGUGGCAUGGGAUAUAUUUGUGAAUUCCAACAGUACUUUUAAAGUAUCAUUUUUUGUUUCUGUGCCUAUUUAAAACAGUGCCUCUCUUAGAAGGUGCUAUUAAUAUAAGAUGAGGGUUCAGUUAAUGCUUCAGUCUUGAUUAUUCUAAGAUUAAAGUGCAUUUUGGUCACUGAGACAGUCAAAGUCGUACAGGUUAUUUUACCAUUUGCAAUCCUAUAAUUCUUGCAGUAGUUAACAUCAGCAUGUACAAAAAUUUUCACCAAAACCCAAACUUUAUGAGACACCUGACGUUUUACAGAACUAGGAUAUGUGGAAACCACAUUUAUCGUAAUGUUUUUCUUUUCCGUAAGAUGAUCGAGCAUGGUUAAAUAAGGUCUCUAUAUAAUGAACACUUAAGAUAACUGUAUGGGCCUUUUCCUUUGUCAGAAUGAAACAAAAUCCACAUGUGAUAACCUAUGUUUGGGGUGGGGGCUGGUCACAUGAUUCCUUGUCAUGAAGGCUGCUCUUCACUCUUUUGUACUUAUGAUUAAAAUCUCACACUAAGUUUACUAUUUAACUUAAUUCUUUUUCUCAAAUUAAACCUUUUUUUUUACUGUCAUAUCCCAAACAUUAUCACUUUUUAUGGACCAGUCUGCUAGAAAUCUACAAGAAUGACCCCACUGUCUUUAGUAUGUAAGGAUUACACCUUAGAUAUAGAAUAGAAUUUAAGACUGCCACACAUUUAUUCAGGCCGUGUUACUUUAAGAAAUAUCUUAUUUUUUCCAUCCCAAAGGAGCAAGUGAACCAAUUAUUGCUGACAUAAUUAGGUUCCCUUCCUCCAUAAAAGGAUUAUCAGCCAUGAUCAUUAACAUUAAACCAAAUACACGGAGCCAAAAAGAGAUAAAAGUAGCUUCUUAGGCCCUAUUAAAUCAGGGAAAGACUAGAAGAAAAUUUACAUUGCUUCUCUUUUUUAAUGGCCAACGGGGUAUGUGUGUGAUGUAUACUCAGAGUGGUUUUUUGGAAAAUUAAACUAUAGCUGUAGAUGAUGCUUUGGUUUUCUUAAUCUCAAGAAAAGAGAAGCAAUGGAAAUACAGAAUAAUUAACUGGGGAAGAGGACUUUUGUAAGUGUGACUAGAACAAUGGUAAUGUAUGGGCCAAUGGGAAGAUUUAUGAGUCAGAUUAUUUUUGAAAACUAUUUUUAAAAGCAAGACUACACUUUCCCUACCAAAACAGAAGUAACAUGGACACACUUAAGUUUUGGCUCAAUAAAUAUCAAUGUUAUUUAACUUAGAUCAUUGAAAGACUACUCAUGUAAAGAUAAUGUUUAUUAUCAUGCUCUUAACAGUCAUUAUCUUUAAUUUUUUAAAUGAGAAGCAUUAAUACUAGAAGAGAAUUUCUGGUUAUCUGGUCACCAUAUUCACUUUCCACCCCACAUUCUUCAGCUAAACACAAAGAGAAGCUGUGAAACAGCCUUACCCGCUUCUCUCUUAUUAAAGAAUCACUGAUGUUUUUACUCAAUGAAAGGUAAAGUAAUACUCUUAGCCAUUUAUUAAAACAAUUCAACCAAGAGACCUCAAAGUGUGAUUGAUGAUAAGAAUAAUCAAUGCCUUUUCCCUUCCAAGAUACUUGAGCAGUCAUGACAACCUAAAAAUAUCAUUGUUUGCUUUCCCAUUAAAACCAACGUUCCCUGUGGGUCUUAAUUAUUUAUUUUCACUCAUUUGGUGCUUUCCAAGUCAUCUUUUCUUUAAAGUGCCCUUCCUCCAAACUUUAAAAAGUACUUCCUUAACAAAAUUUCUGUUCAUUACAAAACAUUUCAAUAUUUUAAGCUUAAAUUUUGCUUUUGCUGAAAGCCUACCAUUUGGCGUGUUAAGUAUGAAAUAUAGUGCAGACUUUUAUCCUGGUUUUAAGUGGGGCUCGAUAAGAAAAAACACCAGCCACUUUUGUAAUAAUGGCAUCACAGUGUCGUCAUGUAUGCAAGCAAUAAAACUCUUUAGGGUAUGGUUUUAUACUGAAAAUUUAAUAUGAAGGCCCUUUGCCACAAGAAUAUAGAUAAUUAUUAACUUUCUAGAUGUGAUACGGUAAUUCGAAUUGCAGAGUAUAAGGAAGGGAAAUGGGAAGGGGCAUCCUUCCUUGGAUUUUAAAUAACUAUCAAGAACAUUUUUACUUUAACAAAGAAAAUGGAUAGAAAAAGCACAUUUUGUUUUCCAUGAAGUUUAAUUUGACAUCAGGUUUGUGUACUUAUCUUCACUAGGUGACUUAACUUACCCCAAUUUUUAAAAAAAUUAUUAAACUUUUUACAGAAACUAACCUUUUAAAUGUACCCUUUCCCCAUAUAUAUAUAUAUACACACACAUUUGGAUUUUUUUUUAAGAGCACUUGUUCUAGUUAUAAAUAUAUAAAGAAAACGAUAAAGUUUGUGGUACUGCAGGGUUGUUAAAGAUUCUUUGAUGCCUUCUAAAAACUUUUAUCAAAAAUACUUUUGAGUUCACAAUUCUGUUUUACUUUUCCUCGUCCCUACUUUUUGGAAACAGGGUGGUUGCUUUUAUUUGUUUUCUGGUUAUAUUCAAAGCCUUAAGUUCUUAAUCUGAGCAUAUUGUCUGUGAUAAAUUUCUGAUGAUCUUUCUGGACUAGAUACAACCUGAGUAGCAAGCACCAACCAGAGCAAGUAAAUUUCUAGGGAACAAGCGUCUUGGGUUUUACAGGUAUCUUUGCUAUAAUGCAGAAUAGAUUAAUGAAGAUUUCCUAUAUAAUAUGAUAUUUGUGUUAGUGGGUCUAAGAUUAAGCACAUGAUAUUUAUAAGCUAAAAUUAACUCAAAAAGUCAAGAAUGUCUUAAUGUUUUCAUUCUUAAAUUUUGUAUUCUCCAAGAAUGUAUUAGUAUAUGAACUGUGGCCAACCAGUUCCUAUUCUUCAGACUGUAUUGACGUCUGUAGUGGAUCAUGUUGCUUCUUCAUUCUUACCAAUUUUAUUAGAAUCAAACUACUUGUUAUUUUCAUACUAUUAUCUACUAUAGAUUCUCAGCUUUAGAAAAUGACUAUGAUACAUAAAGACCACUAGGUCAACUUAAAAAACCCUUUCUGUGAAUUUAUAUAUGUAUGUAUAUAUGUAAAAACACUGUUGAUUUGCAAUUCUGUCUUUCCAUAGAAAUGAAGUUUUUCUAUCGAAAUUGUUUAACUUAAAUAUUUUAACAUAAAUUAUUUACAUGGAUCUUUAUGUAUAAUUCAUCCUUAUAUAUACCCCUUAAUCACAUAGUCAUGAGAAGAUAACUUUGCUUUCUUUACAGAAAGGGCAGAGAGGGAUAAGAUAAGAAAUUGAAACAAGCAAGAAUGAAGAGAGAUGUGGGGGUGAGACUGUUGGUCUCCAGACCACAGCAGUGUGUUUUAAGAUAAGAUGAAAUAUUUUAACUGCAGAAGGGAUAUAAAAUAUAAAUCUAUGUAAUUACAUGCUGAUGGGAUCCAUUGCACCCAGGUUUUUGACCUUGGCCUGUAAAUGCUAGACUAUGAUAUCUUGUUACUCUUUUUCUCCUUUGGGCUUUUAAAAAAUAAUUUCAUUCUCAGAUCAUUUUCUGUACUGUUUACUAAGGCAAAAAAAAAAUCUGAAGUCAAUCAUGGUCUUCUACUUUCUGGACUGAGCAUUUGGCAGAAUGCAGUAUCUUUUCCUGUGUUUUGACGUGAAAUAGCACAUGGCUUCUACAAGAUAGUUUUAACUUGUUAGGGUCACUGGGAGUUAUAUGAUGGUCAACCCCUUUUCCUAAAAUUCAUUGUGGUAGUUUUAGUGGAAAACAUAAAUCAAGAAAUCUCAUAUCAUACUUUAAUAAAUAAAUACCAAAUACAUAGUGAAAUAUAGGUUUGGGAAGAAACUAGUCUGUGGGGACCAUUAUAAGAGAAUCACAUUAUAUAUUACACAGUAUAUGGAUAUUGGAAUGUAUCACUUGUGGGGGGUUCUCUUCAUUAGCAAAACAGUCAUGUCUGUCUGUAUAUAAGACUUUGUUUUUUUUUUAACCAAACUAGAAUUUCAUUUUGUGAGUGACAAUUGACAUUUUAAAAUAAGCCUAGGCCGGGCAUAGUGGCUCAUGCCUGUAAUCCCAGCCCUUGGGAGGCUGAGGUGGGCAGAUCACUUCAGGUCAGGAGUUCGAGACCAGCCAACAUGGUGAAACCCUGUCUCUACUAAAUAAAAAUAAAACAAAAUAAGUGUAUCUGGGCCAGGCACGGUGGCCUAUGCCUGUAAUCCCAGCACUUUGGGAGGCCGAGGAGUUCGAGACCAGCCUGGCCAACAUGGCAAAACCCUGUCUCUACAAAAAUUAGCCAGGUGUGGUGGCACAUGCCUGUAAUCCCAGCUACUCGGGAGGUUGAGGCAGGAGAAUUGCUUGAACCGGGGAGACAAAGGUUGCAGUGAGCCGAGACUGCACCACUGUGCUCCAGCCUGGGUGACAGACGACUUCGACUCAAAAAAUAAGCAUAUCUGGGUUUUUCUUUUGAAUUCUCGACUGAUAAGUUUGAGAAUGUAUGUUUUUGGAAUUUUACAGUUGACUCAAGUGUGAAAGUAUACACAAGUAAUUUUUCUUUUCUAGCUAUGUGAAUGUAAAAUACUUGCAGAUAAUGUAUAUAUUGUGUAAUAUAUGUAUAUUUGGUCAUAAAAGCAGAUAAUUGGAAGCAUUGUAAAAUUAAGCACUUUAAUUCCUAUUAAAUAUUAAACAUUUGUAUCUUGUAAAUAAACACAUCCUUAAAUUAA